AAAAAAGAUCCAUAAAAUCUUUACCCCACAACUCCCUGCCUUACAAAAUCACCCCAAAAGAUCCCAACAUAACUUCAUAACUACAUAAUUCUAAUUUGAUCACUCACUUCAAAUUAGACAUGGCUGCUCUUCCUUCAAUAAGCCAUCACUCUCCUUCAUCUUCUUUAUAUCCUAAUUACCAAUCUUCACCAUUGAUAUUUGCUUCAAAAUCUAAUCAAGACUCUGUGUGUUUCUUGGCAGUAAGAUCAGUUACAUAUACUUCAAGGAGAAGAUUGUCUUCACACACUGUUCCAAGGGGCCUCAAGAUCCAAAGUGCAGCUACAAAACCUGCAAAAUCACCAGCUGAAGAAGAUUGGAAGACUAAGAGGGAGUUUCUUCUACAAAAAAGGGUAAGGAGUGUUGAUGUGAAGGAGGCUUUGCGCCUACAGAAAGAAAAUAACUUUGUGAUUCUUGAUGUACGACCUGAAGCGGAAUUUAAAGAGGCUCAUCCUCCAGGUGCUAUCAAUGUGCAAAUAUAUAGGCUUAUAAAGGAGUGGACAGCAUGGGACAUUGCUAGGCGUGCUGCAUUUGCGUUUUUCGGCAUCUUUGCUGGCACAGAAGAGAACCCAGAGUUUUUGCAGAGUGUGGAAUCAAAACUAGGUAAAGAUGCAAAGAUAAUAGUGGCAUGCUCAGCCGGGGGCACAAUGAAGCCAUCACAAAGUCUCCCUGAAGGCCAACAAUCAAGAUCACUGAUAGCUGCCUACUUGCUAGUCCUCAAUGGUUACACAAAUGUCUUCCACUUAGAAGGGGGGCUUUACACUUGGUUCAAAGAGGGAUUACCGGCAGCUUCAGAAGAGUGAAGUAGCAGUACUUUUAAAGCUGUUGCUUCCAGAGAAGCUCAAGUUUUGCCCUUAACGCUGAUUGUAAUGUAAUGUACUUGUGUGACGACUGACACCACCUUUAUCCAUCGAUUGAGAAUGUUAAUUGUAUCAAGACUCAGUUUUUAUCAUAUCAU